AUGGCUAAUGACUUGUCCAUCCUCUUCUUCCUUUUCACCUUCUUCUUCAUCCUCCAUCUCGUCUUCACCCAUCCCAGUACGUGCUCCACCAAGUUUUGCAAACCCGGCGAGCCGGGGAUCCGGUACCCGUUCCGUCUGAAGCAACUCCAACCAGAUGAACGCUGCGUGUUCCCCGGGUUUGAUCUCUCGUGCAAUGGUCAAAACCGAACGACACUAACUCUCCCGCUUUUGGGGGAAUUCAUCGUGGAUUCUAUAGAUUAUGUGCUACGAGUUAUACAGAUUCAAGACCCAGAUGAUUGCCUCCCCAAACGGCUCCACAAUUUCACUACUGCGAGUUCCAUUUGGACGGUGCAACAAUAUUCCAAUUUCACAUUCUUCAAUUGUCCAAAGGAGUCGAGGGCCAUGGAUAUGUUCAUGCGCGAGCCUUGUCUGGACGGCCAUAACUACAACGUUGUGGUCAUUGCAACGGACGAGCCCGGAGUAGAUUUAAUUAACCUGAUGGAGGAGCUCCGGUGCAAUUAUAGCCAAACCAUUUCGAUUCCGACCAUAGAUACCUCUUUUACGCCGUCCGGGGUGACGUAUACGUCCUCUAUUCGUUUGAUGUGGAAGGAGCCUUUCGAUUGUAUUAUCUGCGAAGCAAUUACAGAUACGUUGGGAUCCAAGGGGAAGGCGGGUUUCGAGAUUGGAUGCCCUAUCUCGCCUUCUGAUCAUGAUGUAGACGAUUCUCCUGUGAAUGCAGCACCUAAUUAG